UCUAUCUUGCUUGACGUUAGUGGAAGUGUGCGACGACGCUGGUGAUUACGGAAACAACUGCUAAACCAGAAUCAAAUAAAUAAAGGAUUAAUAUCGAGUCGCAAACUGUGUACGUCUGUAAUACUGUCCACAAUGUCCAGGCAAUCCAACCGAACAACAGACAGCAAGAAGAUGAACUCUGAGCUGUUCACUCUGACUUACGGGGCCCUGGUCACCCAGCUCUGUAAAGACUACGAGAAUGACGAGGAAGUCAAUAAACAACUGGACAAGAUGGGUUAUAACAUCGGCGUGCGUCUGAUCGAGGACUUCCUGGCGCGCUCCAGCAUCGGCAGGUGUCAGGAUUUCCGAGAAACUGCCGAUGUCAUCGCUAAGGUUGCAUUUAAGAUGUAUCUGGGAACCACCCCCAGUGUGUCCAACUGGAGCCCGGCAGGAGAUGAAUUCUCCCUCAUCCUUGAGAACAACCCGCUGGUAGACUUUGUGGAGCUGCCGGAUAACCACAGCAUGCUGGUCUACUCCAACCUGCUGUGUGGCGUCCUCAGAGGAGCCUUAGAGAUGGUCCAGAUGGCCGUGGAUGUAAAGUUUGCUCAGGACACUCUGAGAGGGGACAAUGUGACAGAAAUCCGCAUGAAGUUUAUCAAGAGGAUCGAAGAAAAUCUCCCAGCAGGAGACGAGUGAAGGAAGCAAGAAAGAUCCUUCCCGCAGCUUCUUGUGUCUCAUUUCGGGAGGACAGAGUAAGGACCACCAUCAGAGGAUGAAUGAACUGAACUCAAAGCAUCAAGAGGAGCGGUAUAUCUCUUUUCCUAAAUGAUAGUUGUUGCUUUUGAGAAUGCCUCUGACCAUCCCUCAUGAAAAGUCACUUUCUUUCUUCAUUUAAUGUUAAAAUAUCUGUCCUGUUUCUUUAAAGAAUAAUGUCUUUUCAUAUGUAUAGACUGUUUCCUUUGGUGCAAGUGUGGAAAGCCUUACAUCGUAACGUCUGUGUUGUUUAUUUUCUUCUUAUUUUUUAAGAAAUCACACUAUAUUGCUGCCAAUUAUAUGGCAUGUUAAUUAAUUUAUGUAGAUGGAUAUGUCAAAUAAAAACUACAUAUUUAAUA